AUGAUGGCCCAGGCCAUUGCCCCCGCCGUGUCCCUCGUGAUGUCCAGCCCCCUGUUGGCCGGGGGCCCUGCCGUCGGCUUGGCUGCGUGUGAGGAACCCAGGAAGCCUGGAGCACCCAGCCCCGGCUUGCCACCCCAGUGUCCUUACUACACCACAGAAGGCUGGGGUGCCCCAGCCCUGAUGGCCCCCACACCUGGCCAGAGGUCCUUUACCCGGCUCCAGCAGGCCCCCCAGGCUGCGGCCAGAGCCCACUUCAACCAGCCAGACCCUGAAGAGCAGGCCUCGGACCCUCCAGAGGAACUGGACUCCCGCAUCGACUUCUGCCUAGAGAGCCUCAACCAGCUGAUUCUGGAGCUGGACCCCACCUUCCAGCUGCUGCCCCCAGGGCCUGGUAUGGCCCAGGCUGAGCCAGCACGGAGGACCACCUCCAGGAUAAAGAAGGAGGAGCCUGAAGCCCUGGAUAUAAAGUACAUCGAGGUGACUUCCACCAGACCAUGGUGCCACGACAGUGCCCAGCGCGGCUCCAGCACAGCUGUUCCCACGCCCUUUGGCUCCCCCAGCACCGGUGGCCUCCUCCUUUCCAGGGACCUUCCCAGGGAGACACGUAGCAGCAGCGAGAGCCUCAUCUUCUCUGGCAGCCAGGGCAGGGCCCACCUGCGCCCCCCUCUUCCUUCUGGGAGUCUAUCUGCGCAGCCCCCGCCCUCUCCCAGCAUCUCCAUCCCGCGCAUGGGGAGCAAGGCCUCAGUAUCGCACAGCUCAGGCUCCCCGCUAACCGCUUCUCCGGGCUUGGAGAAGGGGAUAUGGACCCCAGCCCCACAGCAGGGUACCAGGAGCUCUGCGCUGUCAACCAGUCCAGCACCUGAUGUCGGCUCUGUGUUUGGAAGCAGCCAGUCCCUCCUGCGCUCCAGCCUCUUCAGCCAGCAGUCAUUCUCUCCAUCCUGGGAAAGCCCGACCAGCUCUUCCUCUAGCCUCCGCAGUCUCAGCCCCACCUCCCUGUGUCUCAGAUCCAGUGACUCGCAGGUCCCCAGCAACCCCUUCCUGAACACAGGCCGGCCUGGAGCAACCAGCUCCCCAAUACCAGCCAAGGAGCACUCCAGCAGCUGCCCCCCAUCCGCCACCAACUCCGUGGCGGACAUACCCAUCGUGCUCAUCAAUGGCUGCCCAGAACCGGGCUCAUCCCCACCCCAGCAGACCCCAGGACACCGAGGCUUCGCCCAACCUGGAGCCACUCCUCCCAGUCAGGCUGCCAAGAGCCACAGCCAGACUCUGCCGGAUGUCCCCUCCACCAUGUCCCCAGAGGGCCCCACCAGGGACACACAGCCCACCAUGAAGUUCGUGAUGGACACAUCUAAGUACUGGUUCAAGCCGAGCAUCACCCGAGAACAAGCCAUCGAGUUGCUGCGGAGGGCGGAGCCAGGCGCUUUCAUCAUCAGGGACAGCUCUUCCUACCGGGGCUCCUUUGGCCUCGCCCUGAGGGUACAGGAAGUCCCUGCAUCUGCCCCGAAUCCAUCAGCUGAGGAUGGCAGUGACCUCAUCCGGCACUUCCUCAUUGAGUCCUCUGCCAAGGGCGUGCAUCUCAAAGGAGCCGACGAGGAACCCUACUUCGGGAGCCUGUCUGCCUUUGUAUGCCAGCACUCCAUCAUGGCCCUGGCCCUGCCCUGUAAACUCACCAUCCCACAGAAAGACCUGGAAGGCACCAAGGAUGGCUUGAAUCCUUCCACAGACAGCCCAGAUUCCUGCCCGAAGAAAUCUGCAGGCUGUCACACUUUAUACCUGAGCUCCGUGAGCGUGGAGACCCUGAGCGGAGCCCUGGCUGUGCAGAAGGCCAUCUCUACCACACUGGAGAGGGACGUCCUCCCCACCCCCACUGUGGUGCACUUCAAGGUCACGGAGCAGGGCAUCACGCUGACAGACGUACAGAGGAAGGUGUUUUUCCGACGUCACUACCCCCUGAGCACCCUCCGCUUCUGUGGCAUGGACCCCGAGCAACGGAAGUGGCAGAAGUACUGCAAACCUUCCUGGAUUUUUGGAUUUGUGGCCAAGAGCCAGACAGAGCCUCAGGAGAACGUGUGCCACCUCUUUGCGGAGUACGACGCUGUCCAGCCAGCCUCGCGGGUCAUCAGCCUGGUUGCAGCUUUACUGCAGAACCCAGAACGGAUGUAGGAGGAGGGGCUGCCCACAUACCUUCCCAG